AUGAUCACCACACCGACGGGAGGCUUGGUCGGUGCUUUUGCUGAUAGAGUUCCUGACGUGCCAUUGAGAAGGACACAGCGUCGAAAUGCCAACCGCCGUAAACACAGAGCCUUCGUUCGCCUGAAAAGAAGACGUACAAGGGAGGCAGAAGCAGCACUUAUCCCGAUUCCUGAGGAGAGGGUCUACGACCAUAGCCCAAUAGAAACUUCCACUAAUCCGCCAGUCGCCGGAGGCAAGAUAGGGCUUGGUGUGGAUUCUACACAGUCAGAGAUUCCCGACGAGCUUUGCCCGGGAUGUCCAAUGUGUAAUGUAGAGAUCCCGAGGCGGACGUCAGCAGCCGGGGCAUUUACAGAAUGCCCCGAGUGUAAUGUUCUACACCUGGAGCGCUACGGGACAUUCGAGGAAUACACUGCUGCGAGUAUGAUAUUGAGAAAUGUCGACCAUCCAGAAGUCGAGCCGUACGUCCCAAGGUUUGCUGAGACGCUGCAGUUCUGGAUAGGGGAGCAGCCCCGACACGUACAAAAGAUUCCUGCAAUCGAGCUUGAAAGAAUGAACAGAGUCAAAAAACAGGAAUUUGAAUUCUACGAGGGGAUCCGAGGAAAGUCUGUCAACAUCUUGGAGGGUUUGGAAUUACAUACAGGAGUUUUCUCUGAAAGAGAUGAGAGAAGGAUUCUAGACUGCGUGUUUGACUUGCGAGACAGAGGUCGUGCUGGAUUAUUGAUGAAGAAAACGUACUCAGAGCCGCAGAAAUGGAUGAGAGGCAAAGGACGAAUUACAAUUCAAUGCAGUUGCUGCUACAACUUCACGAGGGAUAGGCUGGGGAAUCCCCCGAGCAUCUUAGGAUAUGACGAGGUGGAUCCUUUGCCUUUCGAGAUAAGAAAGAUGAUCAAAAGAAUGGUAAGGUGGAGCAUACUGUCUGCAGAUUGCAUCCCGAAUAGCUGUAUUAUUAACAUUUAUGAGGAGGGAGACUGCACUCCGCCCCAUAUAGAUUACCACGACUUUGUCAGGCCUUUCUGUAGGUCCUUCAUGAGCAAGAGCAACAUUCUAUUUGGAAGAGAAAUCGACAUUGUAGGACCUGGAGAGUUCAGAGGAUCAGUCGAGAUUCCGCUGCCAGUGGGUUCAGUUCUGAUUUUGAAAGGAAAUGGAACAGACUUGGCGAAACAUUGCAUCCCAGGAGUGCCACAUCGCAGGGUUUCUGUUACUUUGAGAAGGAUGGACGAUAGCAGGGUGCCACACGGGUUUCAACCAGAUUUAGAAUUGGAGGAACUACGCCUGUACUAG